AUGGAUGCAGCACCAUUGAUCAAGGCACACGACCACGCCAGGAAUGCCGCCCUCGCCCACACCGACACGACGGUCGCCAUCAACGAGCACGCACUCGCGGCGGGCGAGUUUUCCAACGCCGCCAGGUCGACCACCAGCGCCGAGGCCCUCCGCACGUUGACGUUGCUCGAGCAGCAUCACCAGAGGCUUUCGGAUCUGCUCAAACUACCGCUCGAGCGGCCCCCACGCAGAUCUCAAGUCGACGACGACCGAGCCGGGGCGGACGCGAGCCACAAUGACGACGUGAACGAAAAGCCAUCGUCCAGACCGGCCUCAGCGGGUGCCGACGACAAACCCGCCACCGACGACAUGUCGCCGAGGAGAAAGUCGGCGGUGGCAUCCGGCACCGCCUCGUCGCAGCAGCGGCGGUAUCCGCCGUCGCGGGAGCUGUCGUCGUCGAUCGCGAGCAAUCUGGCAUCGGCGCGCGGCAUCCGAUCCUCGCAUCGUGGACACCCGCUCGCACCGAGUGUCUCGAACGACCAGGCGCCCGGGAGCCUGGAUGGUCAUCCCAACAGGGACGUUGGUCGAUCCAAGAUGCAGAACAUGCUUGGGCAGAAGCCAAAGCCCAGCUGGGUGCCACCUACGGAAGCUCCGCAGAAGUCGGAGAAGGGCCAGGCCCGACAGCAGGCCGAAAGACCUGUGGAGGAGUCGAGCGAGGAUGGGUAUUCCCGGUUCUAUAGCACGUUUGGGAGCUUGAUCAAGGGCCUCUCCGCGCCGUUGGCCUUUGCGGGACUGCCUCUGAUUGCGGAAGAGUCCGCACCUGAGCCGCCUACCUCUCCAGACCCGGCAGUUGCCAAGAAAAGCCGACCCUCCAGGGCACAGCAUGUCACAGCCGAGCCAGACCUGGCUAGGAUUUAUUCCAAGGCAACGCUGCAGGCGCUCGGGCACAAGGGGCAUGCUCCGAACGACUCGUUCUACUUCGUCCCGGCGACCGGGGGCACCGUGUCGUACGCGAACAUCCUCAGUUUUGAUCAGAAGGAGAGGCGUCGCAACUUGGCGUCCAUCCAUGACAGCCACGACCACCCCGAAAUGAGCCCAGAGGACGCGGCCGACGAGGACGACUUUGUCGACGCGCGGGAGUCGCAAGCCUCGCCUUCCAUGUCUCCCGGGGUGAAGAGGCGCAUCGGCAGCAGCCAGUCGACCAAGGAUCUACACAACGUGGUGGAGGAGCUCUACCUCGAGAACAAGGGGCUCAAGGAGAUGCUGGACAAGCUGUCCAAGAGGCUGCACACGUUCGAGGCCAAUGCGCAAAACUAUGCGCUGCAGUCCAGCAUGCGGUUUGUGCGUCCCGGGUCGCCCUUGUCGUCCUCGGGCGGUGGUGGUGUCAGCGGGGGCGACGAAGCCCUGCGCCGCAGAAAUCAGGAACUGGAACAGGAGCUCGCGGCCGCGGUGAAGCGCAUGGAGGCCUUGGAGAAGGAGUACACGCAUGUUAGGAAAGUCAAUGCGCAGUACCGGGAGAGAUGGGAGAAGCUCAAGGCGGGCGCCAAGGCCAGGAGGGAGGCUCAGGUGGCAAGUGGUGAAGGCGAAUCUUCCCGUUCGCAGGCUGGUUGA